CCAAGGGUGCGCUUAGAUGACCGGGCUGAGCGCCGCUCGACAUAGCAUCAUAAAUCAGCGCAAACGACCAUCUCGUGCUCUUGAACUUUGACCGCACUUUAGUCCCUGCCUCUUCACUUUCGCCCCGAUGCGUCUGCAAUCAGUCGCCCGGUAAGAGCACACUCGUUGGGGAAGUCGGACUGAUUUCGCUCAGCACAGCAGGUGGGCAUAUCCGCCAUCGAAGCAGCAACAAUGUCGCGCGUGCCCUCAAGAGCCACCUCUCCUGCUCCAACGGCAGCGCAACCUUCUUCCUCUUCGGAUCUAUCCUCAGCAUGGCACGCCUACGCUCCCUCUCUACCUCCACCUUCCCCUUCGUCCGCGUCCAGACCGCGAUCAAGAGCUAGCAGCUUGAUACCUUCCAAUAGGUCACAAUCGCUCGAGUUCGACACGGCUACCAGGGGCGGCACGCUGCCCAGCGAUACAUUCAGCCCUGAGCCAGACCGGCCCGCAUCUCCUCAACCUCCUUCGAGCCAUGCUGGCGCUAUGAACAGCCGUAACGAUGCUCGGCCCCGUCCAGUGAGCAGUCAGGGUUUCCAUCCGUCACCGUCACAGCAGCCCGUGGCGCAGCAUCCAUCCCAUGGCUAUGGUGCUCGGUCUCACCAGCCGCUGGCAGCAAGUCAAGUCCAAAGCGGCGUGGAAUACGAUCGUCCGAGGACGGGUAGCGGACCGCCUUCGGAGCAGGGCUGGCAGUAUCAACACCAACAUGUACCUCACCAACACGAGCGCAGCUCAAGCAGAGCUAGGUACGACAGCAGUCCUGCCAGUCCUGGUGCUAGCGCAGCUCAGCCUGCCUUUGGUCAAGCGACACAGCAGCAACCAGCCUAUAUCCCUGUAGUCAACUUUCCCAACACGUACGGUGCACCCAUGCCACACACGACCGAUGCCUAUGGUAGACCAAUACCUCCGCAUCCGGCACAUCCACCUCCCGCCGAUCCCCUGCGCUCGCAGUACGCAGCCCAGCAGUGGUAUCCUCAACAUCAACCGCAUGCUCAUGCUCAUGCGCGAGUUGCGCCUGCUCAGCAAAGCAUAUCGGCGCAAGCAUACACUCAGGCGCCAGCUACACAUCCUGGGUGGCAACUCCCCAACCAGGCUGGACAGGUCGUGUCACCCGCGGCACCGCAGUACACCCCGCAGCCUGCCCAACAGAUUCCUCCGACCAGCGUCCAUCAUUCUCCACCUCAUGCUGACACGGCAGGCGCACCUCGACCCUUUCCCAGUACCGCCCAAGCAGGACACAUUGCCGGCUAUGUACACCCUGAAAGCGGCCCGCCUGGAUUGCCUUCCUCGACCUCGACUCCAAAUUCUAGGCCUCUUCCUCAGCCAACUCCAGGCGCUCCGGCUCCCGCGCGAUCUCCAUCUUUGCCCGCUCAAGGUCCCUUUCAAGGAGCGCAGGCUCUUUCGAGCGCGCCUUCUGUCCGACGUGGUCUGCCUCAACCGCCGCCUGGUGCUGCACCUGCCCCACCCCCUCCUCGAGUCGCAUCUGGUGCAGCCUUGCCUCGUAAUGGGACGCUGAGCAGAGCGGACAGUCAAAGAAUGGCCGCUGAAGCUCUUAUGGCUCGUGGACCGCCUCGGAGGGGCAGAGGAGCUCUUGGCUCUAGUGCGACCAUGGGGCGUGCAGCGCUGCUCAAUGCGAUGAAUAACGAUCCACAGACCCCUGCUGCCGCGUCGCCUCCUCAAACUUUCUCUGCUUUCCCACCACCCGCUAUGCAAAGCUCAAACAUAGCAUCUGGGAACGGAACAUCACAAGCAGAUCUCGUGGAAAGUCUUUCAAACGUGCAGAUUUUCCCAAGCGACUCUGCGUAUGCGCAGCCUGUACCCAAGCGAUCUCAAGGCGACCAGUCGGGCAUGGAGCCGCCGAUCGCCGAUCAACCCGCUCGACCAGCCUCGCGUGGUCCUCGAGACGAUAUCAGAGCUGGCAGGGAGCGGAGGCUGAGCUCGCAUGGAGCGAUCACUGCUGAGCCUGUUGGGCCCGUUCUUGCAAACCCUUCAUCUCACGCCUCAUCGCCGCAGCACCAUGAUCAGACUCAGUUGGCAACCGCAGUCAACGUCCCGACUAUUUUCAGUCCUCCACCUGAUGAGCGUCCGGCUGUGCCUACGAUCGAUUUUGGGGAUGGACCUCCGACUUCACCGAUCAAGCCACCCUCGAUACUAAUUGGAGUGCAAGAGGACGAAAUCCCAGUCCGACGCGCGAGUGCCACCAAAGCACCCUCGAUUGCCAUCGAUGCACUACAAACGACGACGAUCUCUGUCACCCCCGUGGCGGAAGACGAAGAAGAUACUGCGCCGAGGAUCGCAGUCUCUGGCCCGAACAUCUCCAUCUCGGUCGCAGACGACGAGGACGACACGGGCGGUCCCGCCUCUGCGCCGAAAGCUAGUAUCAGCAUUUCUCAUUCAGGUCCUCUGGCUUCGCCUCAACGGGCUUCAGCAGAGUCGGCACCCACCCAAUCGCAGCACAUCGGGCGCGCUCAACCUCAAGCGGCAUCAGCGCCCACUCUCGGAUCAGGAUUUGCCUGUGGCGCGUGCCACAAGUGGAUAGGAGGUCGAGUUGUAUCUGCCAUGAACCAGAGGUUUCAUCCUGCCUGCUUCAAGUGCUCGCAUUGUUCCGAAGCGCUGGAGCACGUGGCAUUCUACGAACAUGAGGGCAAGGCUUUCUGUCAUUUUGACUAUCACGAGCUAUUUAGCCGGAGGUGUUUCCACUGUCGAACGCCUAUCGUGGACGAGAGGUUCAUCACCAUUAGCGACCCUGAACUGGUAGGAUCGGCAGGGGCCAAUGGUUCGGUCAAAGGCGGCGCGACGGAACGGAGCUAUCACGAUUUGCACUUCUUUUGUGCGAAUUGUGGGGAUCCCUUCAUCGAUCCCAAAGCUGCUGGUAGUGCGGCCGGAGCGGACCCUCAAAACCUGUCCUUUGACGAGAAUGGCAACCUGCGCGCAGGCGCCCGGGAGUUUGUCGUAUGGAAGGGCUAUCCCUAUUGCGAAAAGUGCCACAUUCAGCUGCACAAGCCGCGCUGCAAAGGGUGUCGACAGCCCAUCGUCGAGGGAGACGUCAUCACGGCCCUCAAAGCUAAGUGGCACCCCCAUUGCUUCGUCUGCGAAGGGUGCAAGCGACCCUUUGAAAGCCCCAACUUCUUCAUUCGUGGUAACAAAGCGUACGACGAGGAUUGCUACAAAGUCAUGCUACGCAACGAGCUUUGAUGUAGGAGAGAAAGACUACAUACAGAUUUGCGUUGAUCAUCCUGAAACGGUCUAUGCAUUGUACUUGUAACACUACAAUUCGCAAGAUGCAUCGCUGCCCGAACAACAAUCGUGUAUACUCACGCUUGCAAGGUGCAUAUCCGCACCGUGCGAUCGAAGCCGACGCUAGCCACCGUGCCCUCAUCGUCAAUAACGACUAGGUCCUGUGGGAACGAGUGGGCGCCAAGCGAAACAUCAGGGUAGGAUGCGCAGUGUCGUACAUGUGCUUUUGCACGUGCUCACCUUGAUGACCGUGUUGCCUCCCCUUGACCAGCUGGCUGCGCUGAGCUCUUCUCUGACCACGCCGGCUCCUGAUCUAGCC